AUGCACGUUCGAGUUUAUUUACAAAGUUUUCUUAUAAUCGCCGCAUUUAAUUUUAACCAUGCUAACGACUGGACUGGUGACAAAGACAUAAGACAAUAUUUUGAACAAACGUCUGAAGAUAUGAAGGCUUUUUUCGAAAAACAGAAGUACCGGGUUGAGAAGGCUCUGAACUCUGGUUAUAUGGAAGCGGUAAAAGUUACAGAUUCAGUAAGCAAUUUUGUUGAAAAUCAACAGCGAAAAAUAAGCGAGGACAUCAACAGUUACGUCGAAAGUGUUAAAGAAAGUGGCAGAAAAGCGGCUGAUUCGUGGUCCUAUUUACCUAUUAGAAGAGCCGGGAGCUCGUAUGGAACAACCAGACUUGAUUUCCAUGGCCUGUUUGCUAGUUCAGCAGAUUGGAUUCUUAAUGGACCAGAAAAAGGGCUCGCGUACGUUCUAGCUGAUGCGGGUUAUGAUGUCUGGAUGUCAAAUGUGCGAGGAAACAAAUACUCAAGAGAACACGUCUGGCUUAAAACUAAUUCUAAAUCAUACUGGAAUUUUUCCUGGCAUGAUAUUGCUCUGUACGAUAUUCCUUCUAUCAUAGAUUACAUUACUACUAUGAAGGAAGAUGCUGAAGUAACAUACAUUGGACAUUCCAUGGGCACAACCAUUUUAUUCGCGAUGCUGACUUUGAGACCGGAAUAUAACUCCAAGUUAAAGGCGGCCUUUGCACUAGCGCCGGUCGUAUUUUUGUCUGAUAUUAAAUCCCCUAUGAAAUCACUAGCCCCUAUUACGAGUAAUGUAGCUUACAUGGAAAUGUUGUAUGGUUCGCAUGAGUUUUUACCACAGAAAUCGGCCCUAAGAAGAAUAUCAAGUUCCUGUGACGCAGAGAAUAUGGAAUCUUUAGCCUGUAAAAAUAUGAUUUUUUAUAUCUGUGGUUACAACGAGAAACAGUUUAAUAAGACAUUAUUACCUAUAUUUAUGAACAACCUGGGUACUGGUACGUCUUGGAAAACGGCCGUUCAUUUUGCGCAAGAGGUCAUGGCGGGCGGGAAAUUUCAGCAGUUUGACUAUGGAUCGAACAACCAGAGAUUGUACGAUUCUGAUACCCCACCUGAAUACGACCUAAGUAAAAUAACACUACCCAUCACAUUGGUAUGGGCCGAAAAUGAUUUACUAUCGAGUGAGAAAGAUGUAAAAUCCUUGUAUGAGAAGUUGCCGUCAACGUCAAAGAUAUAUAAAAUACAAGAUCCAAAUUUCAAUCACUUAGACUACUUAUGGGCAAUAGACGCUCCCAGAUUAUUAAAUGAUAAGGUAAUGGAAUAUUUAAAUGAUGUUUAUACAGAAUCAAGCGGCUUUUUCACGUUCCAUAUUGGAAAAUGA